AUGUUCCUUUCAGAGAGGAAGGCUAGUCAUUCCCGUGAUACUCAAGGAAAUAUUGUUGGUAUAGACUUUUCGGGUGACGAUGGUUCAGAUUCUACAUCCAAAGAAUGGGUUUAUACAAGAUGGGCCAAAAUAAUGUUUCGAACAGCUGCUAUGAUCAGUCUAGCAUCAGUUAGUAUGAAUACACCGGAUACAUUUAGACAAGUUCCAGUAUUAAUGUAUAUUACUUUUAUCUUGGAUUUGAUGGUUGCAUUAUUAUUCACAGUGGAAAUGAUCAGCAAAAUGUAUAUCGAAGGCUUAUUUGUUCCUGCAUCAAGUCAGUCAUCUGGUGGCAUUGAUCAAAAACGUAAUCGUGCUUAUUUUCAAAAAUCAUGGAAUUAUUUUGAUGCAUUUAUGUUAUUGUGUAUAUGGGCUUCAUUAGCAUUACAAUGUGUAGAAUUUUAUGUCACAUUUCAUUGUUCAGUUAAUAGUAAUGAUGAAGAAAAUAUUCUUUAUAAUAAUAAUAUCAAUAAAGAUUAUUUUACAUGUUCAAAUAAUGAAAAUUUUCGACGAAAUUAUGGUUUUUUAAGUGUUAUACGUUGUCCAAGACCAUUGAUACUUAUACGUGUAUUUCGUGCAGUAUUAAGACUUCAAUUACCUCAAGCACGUGUAAAAGCUAUAUUUCAACGAUCCACACAUCAAGUAUACAAUGUGACAGUAUUUCUACUUUUCUUUAUGUCACUUUAUGGUUUCUUGGGUGUGCAAUUUUUUGGCGAUGAAUUAAAUUAUCAUUGUGUUUUAAAAACAGCUAAUGAAACAUAUAUUACUAAACGAGAUCUAGCCAUACCAGAUUCUUAUUGUAAUCCAGCCAAAAAUCCUGAUGCUCAAUGUCCCAGUAAUAUGAAAUGUAUACGAAUUGCUAGCUCUAUACAAGAUGAUGGGGGUUAUGCUGGAUUUGAAAGCUUUUAUAUUAGUAUAUUUACGGUAUAUCAAGCUGCGUCUCAAGAAGGUUGGGUCUUCAUAAUGUAUCGUGCUAUGGAUUGUCUUGCGUCAUGGAAAGGAGUUAUUUAUUUUAUGUCUAUGAUCUUUUUGGUUGCAUGGUUAGUUAAGAAUGUAUUUAUUGCUGUGUUAAUUGAAACAUUCGCUGAGAUUAGAGUACAAUUUCAACAAAUGUGGACACCAAGGCAUACUGCAGAUGCAGAUUCAUCAAAGAUAUUUCAGUUUGAUGGUUUAACAUGGAAAUUAGUUCCUGUACAUGAGAGUAAUCCACGUGGUUUAGCACCAAAAUUUUUUCAAGAAACGAUACUCAGGUCUACUGGAUUCAAUGUAGUUAUCAUGGUCUUAGUAUUGGCUAAUGCAAUCACAGCAGCUGCAUUACACUUUAAUCAUCAAAGUUUACGAGACAGUGACAAUAUGAAAGUUCAAUUAGACGGUUUCUAUUAUGCUGAGAUUUUAUUCACUAUACUUUUCAAUAUCGAAGCUGUUUUUAAAAUUUGGUGUUUAGGAUGGGGUAAUUAUUGGCAUAGAUCAUUGUUCAAAUUUGAAUUAUUUCUUUGUAUCGGUACAACAAUUCAUUGUAUACCAAUAUUAUAUCGUACAGAAUUUACAUUUUUAUCUGUUUUAAGAAUUGUGCGUCUGAUUAAAGCCUCUCCAAUGCUGGAAGACUUUUGCUUCAAGAUAUUUGGACCAGCUAAAAAAUUGGGCAGUUUAAUUUUAUUCACUACAUGUUUCCUAAUAAUCACAUCAACGUUUAGUUUACAGUUAUUUUGUUGCUUUCAAGUAUUCGAACCAACAUUUGAUAGGUUCUCGACAUUUCCAAAGGCAUUUAUGUCAAUGUUUCAAAUACUUACACAAAAAGGUUGGGUUGCUGUGAUGCAUGAUACAAUGGAUGUUGUAGAAAAUGAAGCUGUAACAACAGGAGUUGCAAUUUAUUUUGUAUUUUAUCAUUUAGUUGUAACAUUGAUCGUCCUUAGUUUGUUUGUUGCUGUCAUCUUAGAUAAUUUGGAAUUGGAUGAAGAUAUUAAGAAAUUAAAACAAUUAAAACUUAGAGAAAUCAGUGCUGAAACACAACAGAAAUUACCUAUGCGUCUUCGAGUAUUUGAAAAGUUUCCAAAUCGUCCACAAAUGUUACAACUUACUCGACUUGUAUCUGACUUCUUAAUGCCUAAAAUUCGUGAUAGUUUUAUGCGUCAAUUCGCUGUUAUAUCAGCUCUUGAAGAAGUUGAAGAUGAAACUAUUGAAGAAAUGUUAACAACAAUGGCUAAAUCACAACAAACAACAGAACAAAAUCAACUCAAAUUAAAUCCAUUUUGUGUAAAUCCUUCUAAUGCUAAUCCUAAUUUUAAUAAUUAUAAUACCUUAACAAAAGAAGCAAUUCCUAGUCAUACAGAUGUUGAAACAUUAAGAGCUAUUAAACGCAAAGUUCAUGGAUUACAUGGUGAAGAGAAAUUUCGUGCAAUUAUUUAUCUUUUAAAUGAAUCGAAUAAAACACGUUUAUUGACAACUGAAAAAACUUCAAACAUUGGAAAUAGAUCCUUAUUAUCAGCCCAACAUCAAAUUCGAUUAGAAAGAAGAAGCACAAGAAACAGGGUUGGAAAUCCAAUGGGGACUCAUAAAUCAUUUAGGGCUAAUGGAGAAGUUAGAGGAGGAAAUCCCUCAGUAAGACCAGAUCGUAAUGGUGAAUCACAAGCAACUACUGGUAAUAGAACAAGUCACGACGAUAUAAAACUAUUACAACAAAAAGCUCAACUUGCAGAACUUAAAAGAACACAACAAGAAGUUGAACUUAGAGAAAAUCAUCCAUUUUUUGAUCGACCAUUAUUUGUUCUUGGACGUGAAAGUCGUUUUAGACGAUUUUGUUUAGUUCUUGUUGAAGCAAGACAUAAAGCACACGAUUCAAUGGAUUCAACAGAUAAUGGAAACUUUAUACAUAAAUUUCUUGGAUUAGUUACAUAUUUGGAUUGGAUAGCUAUAUUUGUAACAACUUUAUCAUGUGCAUCAAUGUCUUUAGAAACACCACAUUUUAGAUUAAUGAAUACACCAGAAGUUCAAGUAAGUCAUUUGUAA